AACAGUUGUGAAGUCAGUUCUCAAGAGAGCUCUGUAUUUUGCAUUUCUCACUUAGUUCUAACUUGGCAACUUUUCUCAGAAGUUAAGCGUCCUUUGACCUCCUCUCUUCUGAACUGCAGAAGUCAGACCAGAUUUGGGUAUUUGGUAAAAUGACCUCUUGUGUUGCUGAAGAACCUGUUAAGAAGAUUGCCAUCUUUGGGGGGACUCAUGGAAAUGAACUGACAGGAGUCUUUCUAGUUACUCACUGGCUAAAGGACGGCACUGAAGUUCACAGAGCAGGGCUGGACGUGAAGCCAUUCAUUACCAACCCAAGAGCAGUGGAGAAGUGCACCAGAUACAUUGACUGUGACCUGAAUCGUGCUUUUGACCUUGAAAAUCUUAGCAAAGAGAUGUCUGAAGAUUUGCCAUAUGAAGUGAAAAGGGCUCAAGAAAUAAAUCACUUAUUUGGUCCAAAAAAUAGUGACGAUGCCUACGACGUUGUUUUUGACCUUCACAACACCACCUCUAACAUGGGCUGCACCCUCAUUCUUGAGGAUUCCAGGAGUGACUUUCUGAUCCAGAUGUUUCACUAUGUUCAGACUUGCAUGGCUCCAUUACCGUGCUCUGUUUAUCUCAUUGAGCAUCCUUCCCUCAAAUAUGCAACCACUCGUUCCAUUGCCAAGUAUCCUGUUGGUAUAGAAGUUGGUCCUCAGCCUCAGGGUGUUCUGAGAGCUGAUAUUUUGGACCAAAUGAGAAGAAUGAUAAAACAUGCUCUUGAUUUUAUACAGCAUUUCAAUGAAGGAAAAGAAUUUCCUCCCUGUUCUAUUGAUGUCUAUAAAAUAAUGGAGAAAGUUGAUUAUCCAAGGAACGAAAGUGGAGACGUGGCUGCUGUUAUCCAUCCUAAUUUGCAGGAUCAAGACUGGAAACCAUUGCACCCUGGAGAUCCUGUGUUUGUGUCUCUUGAUGGAAAAGUUAUUCCACUGGGUGGAGACUGUACCGUGUACCCAGUGUUUGUGAACGAAGCUGCAUAUUAUGAAAAAAAAGAAGCAUUUGCAAAGACAACAAAACUAACACUCAGAGCAAAAGGCAUCCGCUCCACUUUGCACUAAAAAUCUCUGCAAGCUCACAGUAAUGGAAGUCUUGCAAACUAGAACUCUGUAAACCUCCAAGACCACAGUGCCUUACUCUAGUUCUUUUCCUCAGCACCUGGUCCCGGGCCUCAAGCAGUAAGCAUCCAGGCCAGGUUUUGAAAGGAAAGACUAAAUUAAUGAAUGUCUUGCAAAUAUAUUUUGGAUGAGCUAUGUACAGUAGGCAGGCAAGUGUGCUUCUGAUUUCUGUAUUAUUCUUUAUACAUUACAUUCUGGUAGCUUAACAGUGUUAACUUCCACAUUUAGAACAUAACAUUGAAAUACAUGCUACAUGCAACUUAGCACACAGCAAGACAGACUGAAUAUAUGUUUUCAACUAAUGCGUAAGUGCUGUUCAAAACUAAUAAUACAGACUUGGUGUUUUUAAGUUCUGACAUGUGAAUUAAUGACAGUGUAUUAAAUGUCCAUUCAAUAAACUCUAGUGAUGACUGUGA